AUGGAGCGCAAGCGCGUGGGGUCGGGGUCGUCGCUCGCGCCGUCCGCGGCGGCGGCGGCGCAGGCGCCGCUGGUGUGCCACGGGCACUCGCGGCCCAUCGUGGAGAUCGCGUACAGCCCGAUCACCGACGACGGCUUCUUCCUUAUCUCCGCCAGUAAAGACGGGAAGCCGAUGAUCCGCAACGGCGAGACGGGCGACUGGAUUGGCACGUUCGAGGGGCACAAGGGCGCCGUGUGGGGCGCGUGCCUCGACCGCCCCGCGCUGCUCGCCGCCACCGCCUCCGCCGACUUCACCGCGCGCAUAUGGGACGCGUUGACGGGCGACGAGAAGCACAAGCUGGAGCACAAGCACAUCGUGCGCACCGUGGACUUCUCAAACGACUCGCGGCAGCUAUUGACGGGCGGGGCGGAGAAGGUGGUGAGAGUGUUCGACCUCGCCCGCCCCGACGCCGGCCCCACGCUGUCGCUGGAGGGCAUGGCGGGGCCGGUGCGCUGCGCCAGGUGGCACAACGACGACCGCUGGAUCCUCGUCACCUGCAAUGACGUGGCGGGCGUCAAGGUGUUUGAUGCGCGCAGCAAAGAGGUGGUGGGCGUGAUGGCCACAGACGGUCCCUGUCUCAGCAUGGACGUCUCACCUGCUGCUCAUGCUGCCGCUGCUGCUGGGGCGGGGGGCAGCGCCUUCAUAACCACGGCUGAUGGCUCCACUGUCAAGAUCUUCGACGCGAAUUCGUUGCAAGAGGUCAAGUCACAUCGCUUGCCACAUCAGGCUGAGUCAGCAUCAUAUAUCCCCUCAACCAAUCGGUUUGUGGCGGGGGGUGAGGACCUGUGGGUACGUGUCUUUGACUACGAGACGGGCCAACAGCUAGAGUGUCACAAGGGCCAUCACGGCCCGGUGCAUUGUAUCCGCUUUGCCCCCGAUGCACUCUCCUACGCAUCGGGAUCAGAAGACGGACAUGUUUGUGGGGGGUAUGAAAGGCGCGAUUUCUGCGCAAUUGACCAUCUGGGAAGCCCCCUACCUCCCUUCAAUCGACCAUCCUCACUCCCCGCGCCGGCCGAUGCAUCGCUCUGCGCGUCUGCCGCUUUCCCGCGCAGCGACUGCGCGCGUCGUAGCGUCGCGCCCACGUCAUUCAAGUGCCCAGCCACGUCAGCCUCCUCCUCUUCUCCCUCUCCACACCAACCAUCCGCGCCCAGUCCGCCCAUGGCCGCGUCUCCGCUGCCCUCCUCCGCUCCGCCGCCCGAACCCGCCGCUCCGUCCGCGCCCUCUCCCAGCUCUCCCCUUCCCCCGCCCCCCACUCCCCGCGCGCCACUCUCUCUGCGCCUGUGGCGGGACGCGCGCAGCCAGCGCGUGGCGCAGGCGGCGGCGUACCAUCCGUUCGUGCUGGCGCUGGGCGCGGGCACGCUUCCGCGGCGGCGCUUCGUGCGCUACUCGCUGCAGGACGCCUUCUUCCUGUCCGCCUUCGCCCACUCGUACGGCGCGGCAGCGUCUCUACUGGAUGGAGGCGAGGAGGACGGCACGGGGGGAGAGGAGGACGGCACGGGGGGAGAGGAGGACGGCACGGGGGGAGAGGAGGAUGGCACGGGGGGAGAGGAGGAUGGCACGGGGGGAGAGGAGGACGGCACGGGGGGAGAGGAGGAUGGCACGGGGGGAGAGGAGGGAAAGGAUGGGGCGGCGGAAGGCGAGGAGGAGUUGAGUGUGCGGGAGGUGCUGCAGCAACUGCAGAGGGAGGCCGAUGGGGAGCUGCAGAUGCAUGCUGCUACUGUCAAGGCAUGGAUCAAGGAAUCAAGCGACUCGCAGGCUGCUGACAUCAGCGCUGACGUCACGGCGGACAGUGCGCCCCUGCGUGCGACACUAGAGUACACAACCUUCCUCUCCCACGUGGUGGCGGGCACAAGGGGCGUGUGGGACUCCCAUGGGCUGUGCUCACGGGACGAGCAGGGCGGGGGGACUUGUGAGCAAGGCCAGAGCAGCGCAGGGCAACGUGCGUGCAAGCAGGGGAAUCACGACAACCAUGUGCCUCACAGCAGCAGCAGCGGAUCGGUCGACCCCUCACGGCCUGGCGACUGGAUAGCUGAUGGCGAUCGCUCAUCCCCCGCUGCGCGGCGGUGGCACACGCUGUGCGUGGUGGCGGCCAUGCUGCCCUGCAUGCGCCUCUACGCCUCCAUCGGCCGCACCAUGGGGGGGGCUGCCUGGGGGCUGCACGCUGCAACAGCGGGAAGAGUGGAGGGAGCGGAGGGGGCGGGGAGGGGAGGAGUGGGGGGAAGCGAAGUGGGGGGAAAGGGUGGGGCGGGUGUGUCGGAGGACGAGUGGCGGUGGCACCCGUAUGGCCAGUGGCUACACACCUACUCGUGCCAGGGCUUUAAGGUGAGGCAGCAGCAGCACUCCUCGAGUCGGCAUUGGACCGCCUCUGGUCGCUCCUCCUGCGCUCCCUGCACCACUCCUGUCGCCGCCCUACAGGGCAUUCCGCGGGACGCCAUGCUGGCAGCUGCCAGGGAGACUGCUGACGUGGCGGAGGGGGAAGGGGUGGGCGAGGGGCAGGGGAGCUUCAGGUCUGGGUGUGCACGAGUGCUGCGGCGAGUGGAGGGGGAGGGUGGCGUGGUGCAGGUGGUAUCUGUGAGCUGGAGUGGGGCGUAUGUGGGGGAGGCUGUGAGGCAUGCCAUGCGGAUGGCAGGGGGGGAGAGGGGAGCGGCUGGGAUGCAAGAAGACAUGGGAGAAGGAAAGGUGCGGGAGACAGAGAGCGGGGAGAAGGCAUGCAGUGGUGGGGGGGCAGAAGGUGGAGCAGGAGUGGGCAGCAGGGUGGUGGUGAGCGCGAAUGAGAUGGUGCUUGAUGAGCAUGCUGUGUCCACCGGUGCUGUGGAUUUCCGUGUGCAGGGCGCCAUGGAUAAGGACGUUAUCUUUCACAGCACAACGGACCUGCUGCCGCUGCUGCGAGCACAGGUGGGUGUGGUGAUGGCAGGAGGUGCAUCCAGUCUAGACAGGGUCAUUCAGGCCUUUGAUAUCCACCGCUUGCCGCUGGUGGCGCUGGCUUUGCUGCAUGUGCAGCAAAGGACGGCGGGUGAGGCGAAGGUGAAGCGGGAGGGGUGUGCAGGUGUGAGUCCUGUGCUGGUGGUGCCGCGAUGGACAGUAUUUGAUGCAUGCAGCUGGGAGGAGCUUGAGGUUUUCCUCUUUGGUGCCCAUCUCGCAGAAUUUGACAACCACUGCUCUGCGCAUGGUGCCCCUAAUCACUAG